AUGUUCGCGCCUGCACUAGGCCGCGCCACCUUCCAGGCGCUGGCGAGGGCAAGCGUAGCAUCGACGAGCUCAGCGGUGGCCUUUGCACCUUCGUCAUCUCGUGUCCCAGCAGCUGUGCAGGCCUCGCUGCGUCAGACUCGAUCUUUGCACGCCGCAUCCUCGGUCACACAAGUCGUCAGCAACCCGCUGCCAGCACUCCCUUCCUCAUCAGGAGCACCUGCGAAGCGCACACGAAAAGAACGCAGAACCGAGAUGAAGCAGCAGCGCAAAGACGCCAAGCGCCGCGUUGCUGAAUCGUCCAUGUCUGCUCGAUUGGGUGUAGCCACCAACACGACAUCGCCGUUCGUGCGCAAAGAUCGACAGUUCAAGACGUACAAACCGAUCACUCGCUCCAUUCGGUGGUUGAGGCAGCCGCUCAACGAGCAUCUUCACAGCGGUGGACCCGUCCGCGCAUUGACGAUCGCCAAGCGCAGCACGGCGGGCCGUAACCACCAUGGACGUGUGACGGUGCGUGGUCGUGGAGGUGGACACAGGCGAAGGAUUCGAUUGGUCGACUUCUACCGUUGGGAAUCCGGAGAGCAGGAGGUGGUACGCAUCGAAUACGAUCCCGGUCGUAGUGCGCACAUUGCUUUGGUGCAGCACAAGCUGACGGGUGCGCAGAGCUACAUCCUCGCCCCUGACGGACUGAGGGCGGGUGACACGGUGCAGAGCUAUCGACAGGGGAUCAAGGGUGACGCGGCCAAGGCGGCCACUUCGACGAGCAAUGUGGUAGACGAGAUUGUCUCUUCGCCCGAUGGCACUCCUCUCUCUACGGACCCUGCGGCACCUCAGACCGCAGCUGCACCAGGAUCAGCAAGCAGCUCGUCGCUCGACCUGGGUAUUUUCCGCACGCAAGCCAUUCGACCGGGCAACUUCCUGCCUCUCCACCUUAUUCCCAUCGGUACAACGAUCCACUCGAUCACGAUGCACCCGCUCGGACCGGCCAAGAUGGUGCGUUCAGCGGGGACGUUCGGUCAGCUGGUGGCCUUCUCCGCACGCACCGGUGCAGGCGAAUCGCACGCUCAAGUCCGUCUGCAAUCCGGCGAGGUCCGUCUCAUCCCCAGCACCUGCUGCGCCGCCAUCGGUACCGUCAGCAAUAAGGACCACCAGCAUCGUCGCCUCGGCAAGGCGGGUCGAAGCCGAUGGCUCGGCAGGAGGCCCAAGGUGAGAGGUGUGGCGAUGAACGCUUGCGAUCACCCGCACGGUGGUGGUCGAGGUAAGAGUAAGAGUAACAUGCACCCGAGGAGCAUUUAUGGACACCUGACGAAGGGUGCCAGGACGAGAAAGCCGGGUACUAGGGGUGGAAACCAGAUGGUGGUCAGAGAGAGGCCGAGGAGGAACGGAAAGCGAUUGGGCAAGCCUUAG